AUGUUGAGCAUCAGCAGAUGUCGUAUACAACAAUGUAUCGCACGCAGAUGCUUGAUGAGCGACAUCAAGAUAUCGGAUAAGUUGAGGUACAUAUACAAAAAGUCCAGAGAAGAAUGUUCUCUGGCUCAAACAUCUCAGCGAGUCAACCCAAGAGCUGUGUUCGUUAACAAUGAAGUAGAUCUUCACAAGAUAGGUGUAUAUGGGUUCGACUACGACUACACAUUGGCUGUGUAUACUAGAUCGCUGAAUGAGCUUAUCUACAAUGCUGCCAUGAACAACUUGGUCAACAAGUUGAAGUAUCCGACAGAGUUACUCGAUAUUCCUUAUGACGUAUCGUUCUCUAUUAGAGGGUUACAUUAUGACAUUGAGAACUCUUGUUUGUUGAAGGUGGAUGCCUUCAACCAGAUUCAGAAGGGCACGGUGUACCGUGGGAAAAGAAGCCUGUCUGAAGACAGCAUCAAGAAGAUGUACGGAGGGUUCACGUUACCAAAUAUGAAGGGACGAAGCCUCUAUCAACUUAUUGACCUAUUCAGUCUACCGUGGGCUGGGCUGCUGGCUACUGUAGUUGAGUAUCUGGAUAACAAAAGUUUUGUCUUUGAUCCCACUGGGCUCUACAAUGAUGUAGCUGUAAGGAGUUAACAUUAUAUGAAAAUUCACGUCUAUUUUUGAGCAAGAUGAUAAGGUUCAAUAUUAUUAUGUUAAAGCUUUGCGUCGUGUUAAAUUAUUUAAAAAAGUGAUCAACUUACAUUGACUUUAUUCAGAGCAGCGUACAAGAUGUUCACAUAUCGGGAGAGAUGUAUCGUUUAGUGAUGGAAGACAUGGAGCGAUAUAUCCACAAGAAUGUAGGGUUAUACAACUUUCUGGAGCGUGUAACCAAAGAUGGCAAAGAGUUGUUUAUAGCUACAAAUUCUCCGUUCACUUUUAUGUAAGUCACAAAAUGUCAUUAUUGAUUUUGACAUUUCGUAUUAACGAAUUCUUGGUUUAAAACAAAUUUGGAGAAUGCAAACGGAGUGUGUUAUAUGAUUAUAGGAACGCUGGCAUGACAUAUAUGUUAGGGCCAGACUGGAGGAAGUUCUUCAAGUAUGUCAUGGUAUCGACCAAGAAACCAGGGUUCUUCCAAGGCAACGCUCCCUUCAGAUUGUACAAUGAAAACACCGAUUCUGUGUCAUUUGAGCGUGUAGAUGAACUGGAACAAGGGAAGAUUUACUCUGGGGUGAGUCGUCACCUAUUUAUAAUGUAUUUUCAAUUUUAAACGAUAAUUUUGAAGUUUUAAUUUAUCGUGAGCCGUAAGUACUUUUAAAUAAAAAAAUAUCUUUGAAAGUUCAGGGUAAUAUCCGAGAGUUUUGUGCCAAGUCUUCUUUCCAACGAGAAGGUGUCAUGUACUUUGGAGAUCACAUCUACUCUGAUUUGGCUGAGCCAAUGCUCCAAAUUGGCUGGAGAACGGCGGCCAUCGUUCCUGAGCUAGCCCGUGAGAUCAGAACACAGAACACGGACAAGUACAGACUUCGGGUGUUGUGGCUGGAGACAUUGUCGCGACUGAUCGAACAGCAUCAGAAGUACGGUAAGCACGACGUGAAGGCGGAGGAGGUGAUCAGAGGCUGGGCCGAGGAACGGCGUCGGCUUCGCAUCGACCUCAAGUGUAUGUUCAACGCUCAGUUUGGCUCAAUGUUCCGAACGUUCCACAACCCAACGUUCUUCUGUCGCAGACUGAACAGAUUGUCUGACAUCUACACUAGCAGACUACCCAAUUUGUUACAGUAUGACGAUGACCAUACUUUCUUUCCGCGAAGGAACGCCUUAGCUCACGAGCCUCAUCUGCCUGAACCUGAGAUGGCUGAUAUUAUCUUAGAACACGUGUCUAAUAUCAGAAUUGACCCUAAGUCAGGGCGUAGCAGUAUGGAGGACUAG